AUACUCAGAUUGUGUGAAUGGAGAGGAGAUAGUGAGGACGAAAAAUGUCUUUUCUCUCUAAACUGCCUUACAUAAUCGCCACCAUCUUGCUACUGAUAGGAGGAGCACUCUUCUUUGCUUUCCCUAUUAGGAAUAUUUUUGAAUUCUACAUCAGAUAUGAGCCGAACAGAAUCUACCUGGUCAUACCAAUACUGGCUGGAUCAUAUCUUGUCCCUAUGUACUUUUUUGUGAUGUCUACCUUUUUCCUAGCCUCCUUUGUUGACCCAGGAAUAUAUCCCAGAGAAUCCACAAAUGAAGAAGAUGAUUUUAGACAGCCCCUCUACAGAGGUGCAGUAGUUAAUGGUGUUUCAGUUAGAAUGAAAUGGUGUGAGACUUGCAAGUUUUAUCGACCCCCGAGGACUUCUCACUGCUCUAUAUGUGACAACUGUGUAGAGAAUUUUGAUCACCACUGCCCGUGGGUUGAUAACUGUAUCGGCAAAAGAAACUAUAAAUAUUUCUUUAUGUUUGUCAAUUCUCUCUCGUUCUUUAUCCUCAACGGUUUCGGAUGGACAGCAUUCUCGAUCAUCCUACACAAUCAAAACCGG